AGUGAGUGAGUGAGUGAGUGAGAGAGAGAGAGAGGAGGGGGGCUGUGGAUGAGAAAGGGUUUCUCUCUCUCUUCCUCUCUCUCUCAGAGCUCAGUUAAUCCUGCUGUCAGUUGGCGUUAAGGCAACGAUCUAAGCGCUGGAUUCCAGGAGAAAGAGACACACGGCAGUAUAGAAGGAAGUGAGGACCGAAAGGGGGGAGAGGAAAAGGAAAAAGAAAGGAAGAAAGAAAGAAAGCAAGGAAGAAAACCAGAAGGGGGGAACUACCAAAUCUAUGCUUGGACCUGGGCUUCUUUCUCGCCAAUGCAAAAGGGAAUAUGCAGCACAUUUUUGCCUUCUUCUGCACCAGUUUCCUAGGGGCAGUGUUGGGGGUCAAUUUCCCCAGCAACAUCCAGAUAGGGGGAUUAUUUCCUACUCAACAAUCCCAGGAACAUGCCGCUUUUAUGUUUGCGUUGUCUCAGUUCACAGAGCCCCCCAAGCUGGCUCCUCAGAUUGACAUUGUGAAUAUUAGUGACAGCUUUGAAAUGACCUACACCUUCUGUUCACAGUUUUCCAAGGGUGUCUACGCUAUCUUUGGCUUUUAUGAGAGGAGGACUGUCAACAUGCUCACAUCCUUCUGUGGGGCACUCCACGUCUGCUUUGUAACACCCAGCUUCCCUGUCGACACAUCCAAUCAAUUUGUUCUUCAGCUGCGCCCAGAACUACAGGAUGCCCUCAUCAGUGUUAUAGAAUAUUACAAGUGCCAGAAAUUUAUGUAUAUUUAUGACGCUGACCGGGGUUUGUCAGUACUUCAGAAAGUGUUGGAUACAGCUGCAGAAAAAAACUGGCAGGUGACAGCUGUCAAUAUAAUGACAACAACAGAAGAAGAGUACAAGUCACUCUUCCAGAACCUGGAGAAGAAGAAGGAGCGGGUGGUGGUGGUGGACUGUGAAUCAGAGCGGCUCAACGCUAUCUUGGGCAAGAUCAUCAAGCUUGGAAAAAAUGGGAUAGGCUACCACUAUAUUCUUGCAACUCUGGGCUUCAUGGAUAUCGACUUAGGGAAAUUCAAGGAAAGUGGUGCAAAUGUGACUGGAUUCCAGCUGGUGAAUUAUACAGACACCAUCCCAGCCAGGAUCAUGCAACAGUGGAAGAGCAAUGAUGCCAGGGAACAACCUCGUGUGGACUGGAAGAGGCCAAAGUACACAUCUGCUCUUACGUAUGAUGGAGUUCGAGUAAUGGCAGAAGCUUUUCAGAGUCUCAGGAAACAGCGGAUUGACAUCUCUCGCCGUGGGAAUGCGGGGGACUGCCUAGCAAAUCCAGCUGUCCCUUGGGGACAAGGGAUUGACAUCCAGAGAGCUCUGCAACAGGUGCGCUUUGAAGGACUGACUGGUAACGUCCAGUUUAAUGAGAAAGGACAUCGGACCAAUUACACCCUUCAUGUGAUUGAAAUGAAACAUGAUGGGAUCAGAAAGAUUGGCUAUUGGAAUGAAGAUGAAAAACUUGUCCCAACAGCCGUAGAUCAACAAGGAGCAAAUGAAACCACAACUCUACAGGAUAGGGUCUACAUUGUUACAACUAUUCUAGAAGCCCCGUAUGUGAUGGAAAAGAAGACCAAUGAGCCAUUGCAAGGAAAUUUGAGGUACGAAGGUUAUUGCGUAGAGUUAGCUGCUGAGAUCGCAAAACAUGUUGGCUACAACUACAGCUUGCAGGUUGUCGCUGAUCGAAAGUAUGGAGCACGAGAUCCUGAGACUAAAAUGUGGAAUGGCAUGGUCGGGGAGCUAGUAUAUGGAAAAGCUGAUGUGGCUGUCGCACCACUGACCAUCACUCUAGUGCGAGAGGAAGUUAUAGACUUUUCCAAGCCAUUUAUGAGCCUGGGCAUAUCUAUCAUGAUUAAAAAACCACAAAAGUCCAAGCCUGGAGUCUUUUCCUUUCUGGAUCCCUUAGCUUAUGAGAUUUGGAUGUGUAUAGUUUUUGCCUACAUUGGAGUAAGCGUUGUCCUCUUUCUGGUCAGUCGUUUCAGUCCUUAUGAAUGGCAUAACGAGGAGGUUGAGGAAGGCCGGGACCAGCCAGCCAAUGACCAAACGAAUGAAUUUGGAAUAUUUAACAGUCUCUGGUUUUCCCUGGGAGCUUUUAUGCAACAAGGAUGUGACAUAUCUCCAAGAUCUCUGUCUGGGCGUAUAGUUGGUGGGGUCUGGUGGUUUUUCACCUUGAUCAUCAUCUCUUCUUACACCGCCAAUCUAGCUGCGUUCUUGACAGUAGAGAGGAUGGUGUCUCCCAUAGAGAGUGCAGAAGACUUGGCCAAGCAAACAGAGAUUGCUUAUGGGACUCUGGAUGCUGGGUCUACUAAAGAAUUCUUUAGGAGAUCUAAAAUAGCGGUUUUUGAGAAGAUGUGGACGUACAUGAAGUCAGCUGAGCCCUCUGUUUUCGUGCCGACAACAGAAGAGGGGAUGAAGCGUGUGAGGAGAUCCAAAGGGAAGUAUGCCUACCUGCUAGAGUCUACCAUGAAUGAGUACAUUGAGCAGAGAAAGCCAUGUGACACCAUGAAGGUGGGAGGUAACUUGGAUUCCAAAGGCUAUGGCAUUGCAACGCCAAAAGGUUCACCACUGAGAAACCCAGUAAACCUGGCAGUGUUAAAACUGAACGAGCAGGGCCUUUUGGACAAAUUGAAAAACAAAUGGUGGUACGACAAGGGCGAGUGCGGCAGCGGGGGAGGUGACUCCAAGGACAAAACAAGUGCUUUGAGUCUCAGCAACGUAGCCGGUGUUUUCUACAUCCUCAUCGGUGGGCUUGGACUAGCCAUGCUGGUUGCCUUAAUCGAGUUUUGUUACAAGUCCAGAAGUGAAUCAAAACGGAUGAAGGGUUUUUGUUUGAUCCCACAGCAAUCAAUCAAUGAAGCCAUACGAACAUCAACCCUUCCCAGAGCAUCUGCGGCAGGAACCAGCAGUGGAGAAAACGGACGGGUGGUGAGCCACGAUUUCCCCCAAACUAUGCAGGAGAUUCCAUGCAUGGGUCACAGCUCUGGGACACCCCUGGGAGCGACGGGAUUAUAAUUACCCUUGAUGGAUAUUCUGGUAAAUCCACAGGCAGAAAGCAUGACCUGUACUGCAAUAAGGAGAGGGCAACUGGACUGAACAAAAUUUGGAGACAUCCCUGAAUACACGGUUACAGGAACACUGAGGAAGACAGCGCCAUUUUGUUUUUAACUUGGUUGUUAAUAAGUUCUUAGUGUGUGCAAUAUAUAUAUUUUUCUUACUAAUUCCCGUGAUGUCAGGGUGAUCUCAGCCCUGCCCUGCUCAAAAGUUUAAAAUCAGGUUUAGUUUGGGAUGCAAACCAUACAUGUCUGCGCUACUAACAGUGAAAGGGGGUGGGUGGGAACAAUUCCUCUGAGACAACAGGACUCUACUGUGUUUUAAAGUUGUUGCAACAAAGCUAACUAGGCCGUUGACAGAGAAUUCCACUAUUGAAUGAAGGAUUUCUGAGGCAGUUGAAGCGGAAGCCUAACAUGCAGAAAGGAGUAGGAAGACUUCUGAAUGGGAUGUCAGUGGUUGUAUCUGGAUUUGGGAGAGCCUAGUUAAACAGAGGUUAAUGUGACCUGUAUUCCUGAGCUUGAAAGUGGCUAUCUGAGUUUAAAUGUUGUGAGUGUGGGAAAUAUCAGUCCCCAAAAUGGGAAUUUGACAGGCUACCACAAGGACAGGUCAGCAGCCGCCUAUAACCAUGGCUGUUUCCUCUAGAAAAUGCAAAAUAUCAAUAUAUCUAUAGAUCACAUAUCAUCCCUCACUGCCUCACUGCCUUUUCAAGAGCCAUUUCCUCAUUCCCACACUACUGUAAGGUUUCCUUUCCGUGGUGAUCUUUGAGUAGAAAACCAUUCACCACCAGUUAAUGAUAGACAUCAGGGCUGUUUUGUAUACAUCUGGUUUAUUAGUCUUUGUAAGCCAGAUCUGAUGGACAUUCCAUGGAAUAAGUGGGCUACAUGAUAUUUAUGAUGACCAAAAAGUAAUAAUUUUAAAAGUUUCCACAGCAAGAUGCCAAUAUUCACCUAGAUCCAGCCUUCCAUAAUAAUUGCUUACAACUGGCCACAGUUAAAAAGCAAAAUCGGUUUCAAGAAUCAAAUCUUGGCCAGCAGUAUCAUUUGCAGAAAAGCCAAAAGACAUGGUUUCCAUCUCAUCCAUCAUCGUGAAGGGAAGUGGAACACACAGAACUGACCAGCUGGUACCCUACUUGCUACUGAUAUAAAACCCAAUCUCGCAAUGAAACACUGAAAUCCAGAGAGCUGUCCAAAGCACAAGACAACAGACUUGCUAGCAGUAUUUCUCCCAGUCAUGUGCUCCUUGACAUCUACAUUGAAACAAAAGCUUCAUUUGUGUGUGCGUGUGCGUAUGUGUGUGAUAUCACCACCGUGAACAGUGAAAUACUCGAACAGAGUGGAAAACGUUGCCCUGAAGAAAAACCAUUCAAGGGAAGUAUCUCCUACUCCAUCGUAGGUCUGGAAGAGGCCCAACCCUUCCUUGGCGAUUUCCUGUCCUCACAAAUGCAUCUGCCCAUGACUGGAUGUUAAUUCCAGACUUUACAAGGGGCUAAAUCUUCCUCCAAGUGCCAGUGCAAACCCAUCAGUAUAACAGCAACUUGUUAUAUCUAAUAUCUGAGACCUGUGUGUAACAUAAAAGUGUAAAAUAGGAGACUGUAACAUAGAAUGGAAGCAGAAGGAUGCGAUAAGAGGCUACGGACUGAAAUGGCUUUGUUGUGGGGACCAUCAUGACGUCGCUUUAAAAAAUGUGUGUGUGUGACUGGCAAGUGGCUCUAAACAAAUAAGCUACCAUACAUGACUUUCUGUGCUUAUGAAGCUUCAAAAACUAUUAAAGACUGGCUUCUAGGAACUGAUUGUACCAUUCAGCACUAUGUUGUUCCAUCAAUUUCUUCCACUCAUCUUAAGACGACAUCUUCAUAAGACUGGCAGCACAGAACCUGCAGAUCCCCUUCAGAGGGCACAGCAUGCCUAGUGCCUGUUUUGUUUUCUCUCCGUGCUGCUGGAAGCCUUUUUGUCUUCAUCUUCCAUCCAGCUGUUUGUCAUGGCUCAGAUCUCAGCCUCCGAUAAUAACUCUUCAGGGUCUUGUUCUCCGUGUGCAAUUCUUAAUUCUUAUUUUUAAUUUUAUGUCUGCUUUGGUUACAUUUUGAGUUUAGUUCUGUGUGUGUCUUUAUGGUGUGCACGGCUCACAAAACUAAGCCUGUUUUUGAUGAAGAGAUCUUUUGGAUGUCCAAGAAGAGACCCAAUCUUUCUUUCAAACACAAGAGUUUUCCAGAGCUCCCACAACUGUCUUACACCGUAAAAUACAAUGGGAGCAGAGUGCAAGGAUUUUCUUCUGUAUGGAAUAAAAAAUAUAGCCCAUAAAACUUUGAAAGAGAUAUAGAGAGAGGGAGAGAGAGAAACCUCAGUUGCCUUUGUGGCAAAGGAAUCAAAGAGACCUAUCUGACAAUUGAGCCAGCCAGUUAGAUGGGUUUAUGGGAAGAAGCCUUCUAUGAUAGGACAAAUGCCUGUAUCACUAGGACAUGAGACUCAUCUUUGAAAUGUUUUUGAUCAGUGGAAGGGUGGGAGCAGAAAAAGAAGAAUGAUUCAGAAGAAGAGGGGAAAUGUUAACUUGUAAUAUGUAUUUUUACUACACUUUUCUUAAAUAUAGAAUAAUGUGGUGGGGAGGGGGGAACCCUUAAAGACAUUGACAUUUUUCUCAACAAGAAACCAUAUUUAACAGUUUUGGCUUUCAUUAAAUUUUGCUCUUUGGUACCUGGA